AAUAGAAACUGAGCAGCUCCCUACUGUGGCGCGUAUAAGCCAAUGGGAUAUUUUCGUCGGUGAACUUAUUGCUUUGCAGUGUCGGUGUGGUUUUGCCCGCGUGAGUAGACUGAGCACGGUGUGAGAGAAAACGGAUACGUCUUCCGAUAAACGCAGCAGCUCCUGAAAUGGACUCCUCCCUGACUGCCGUUCAGAUCCGUGAGAAGUUCAUCGACUUCUUCCGGCGCCAUGAGCAUCAGUACGUCCACUCGUCCGCCACCAUUCCCAUGGACGACCCCACCCUGCUCUUCGCCAACGCCGGCAUGAACCAGUUUAAGCCCAUCUUCCUGAACACCAUCGACCCCUCCCACCCCAUGGCCCGCCUUCGCCGCGCAGCGAACACGCAGAAGUGCAUCCGUGCCGGCGGCAAGCACAACGACCUGGACGACGUGGGCAAGGACGUCUACCACCACACCUUCUUUGAGAUGCUGGGGUCCUGGUCCUUUGGGGACUACUUUAAGCAACUGGCCUGUGAGAUGGCUCUGGAGCUUCUCACUAAAGAGUUUGGGAUCCCCAUCGAGCGCCUGUACGUCACCUACUUUGGGGGACACGAGGAGGCCGGCCUGGAGCCAGACCUGGAGUGCAAGCAGAUCUGGCUGGAUCUGGGGAUGGACGAGGCCCGCAUCCUGCCCGGCAGCAUGAAGGAUAAUUUCUGGGAGAUGGGCGACACGGGCCCCUGCGGCCCCUGCAGUGAGAUGCACUUCGACCGCAUCGGGGGCCGGGACGCCUCCCACCUGGUCAACAUGGACGACCCCAACGUGCUGGAGAUCUGGAACCUGGUCUUCAUCCAGUUCAACAGGGAGUCGGAGACGGUGCUGAAGCCUCUCCCCAAGAAGAGCAUUGACACGGGCAUGGGGCUGGAGCGCCUGGUCUCUAUCCUGCAGAACAAGAUGUCCAACUACGACACCGACCUCUUCGUCCCCUACUUCGAGGCCAUCCAGAAGGGUACAGGCGCCAGGCCGUAUACAGGGAAGGUUGGUGCUGAGGAUUCUGAUGGGAUUGACAUGGCUUACCGUGUGCUGGCAGACCACGCCCGCACCAUCACCAUCGCCCUCUCGGACGGCGGGCGACCCGACAACACAGGCAGAGGGUACGUGCUGAGGAGGAUCCUGCGCCGUGCGGUCAGGUACUCUCACGAGAAGCUGGGAGCUCAGAGAGGCUUCUUCGCCACGCUGGUGGACGUGGUGGUGGAGUCCCUGGGCUCUGCUUUCCCUGAGCUCAGGAAGGACCCCGACAUGGUGAAAGACAUCAUCAACGAGGAGGAGGCGCAGUUCCUCAAGACGCUCACCAGGGGGCGCCGCAUCCUGGACAGGAAGAUCCAGAGCCUGGCAGGCAGCACGACCAUCCCAGGGGACACUGCCUGGCUGCUGUACGACACCUAUGGUUUCCCCCUGGACCUGACUGCACUCAUCGCUGAGGAGAGGGGUUUGGGAGUGGACAUUGAGGGCUUCGAGGAGGAGAAGAAAGCCGCCCAGCUGCGCUCCCAGGGGAAGGGCUCCGGGGAGGAAGACCACAUCAUGCUGGACAUCUACUCCAUCGAGGAGCUGCGCAACAAGGGCGUUUCCACCACCGACGACCAGCCCAAGUACCGCUACACCGCCGAGAACAACGGCGGCUACGUGUUUGAGCCGGCCGUGGGGACAGUCCUGCGUCUGAGGAGAGAGCGUGCCUUUGUGGACGAGGUGACUACGGGUCAGGAGUGCGGGGUUCUGCUGGACCAGACCUCCUUCUACGCCGAGCAGGGCGGUCAGACCUACGACGAGGGCUACAUGCUCCGGGAGCACGACUCCGCAGAGGACAAGAUGGAGUUCACGGUGAAGAACACUCAGGUUCGGGGCGGGUACGUGCUGCACAUGGGGACGGUGUACGGGACGCUGAAGGUUGGAGACCGCGUCACUCUGCACAUCGACGAGGCUCGGCGCAGGCCCAUCAUGUCGAACCACACAGCCACUCACAUCCUGAACUUCGCCCUGCGGGGGGUGCUGGGCGAGGCGGACCAGCGGGGGUCCCUGGUGGCGGCCGACCGGCUGCGCUUCGACUUCACCGCCAAGGGCGCGCUGAGCACGGGGGACGUACGCCGCACGGAGGAGAUCGCCUGCGCCAUGAUCCGCGACGCUAAGCCGGUGUAUGCGAUGGACGCCCCUCUGGCAGCUGCAAAGGCGAUCCAGGGUCUGCGCGCGGUGUUUGACGAGACGUAUCCAGACCCGGUGCGCGUGGUGUCCAUCGGGCUGCCCGUCCCUGACCUGCUGGCCGACCCCAGCAGCCCCGCCGGCUCGCUCACCUCCAUCGAGUUCUGCGGGGGAACCCACCUGCGGAACUCCGCCCAUGCGGCUCCCUUCGUCAUCGUCUCCGAGGAGGCCAUCGCCAAGGGCAUCCGGCGCAUCGUCGCGGUAACGGGGCCCGAGGCACAGAAGGCCCAGAGAAAAGCAGACGCUCUCAGACAGUCUCUCUCCGCUCUCGGGGAGAAGGUGAAGGCACAGACUGCCCCCAACAAGGACGUGCAGAGGGAGAUCGCCGACAUGACUGAGACCCUGGGCACGGCAGUGAUCUCUCAGUGGCAGAAGGACGAGAUGAGGGACUCCCUGAAGGGGCUGAAGAAGACCAUGGACGACCUGGACCGCGCCUGCAAGGCGGACGUGCAGAAGCGGGUAUUGGAGAAGACAAAGGAAAUGAUUGACAGCAACCCCAACCAGCCCCUGGUCGUCAUGGAGAUGGAGAGCGGAGCCUCCGCUAAGGCUCUAAACGAGUCUCUGAAGCUGCUGAAGACACACUCCCCGCAGACUGCUGCCAUGCUGUUCACUGUGGACAACGAGGCGGGCAAGAUCAUCUGCCUGUGCCAGGUGCCCCAGGAAGUGGCCAAUCAGGGCCUGAAGGCCAGCGAUUGGGUGCAGGAGGUGUGCCCCCUGCUGGAUGGAAAGGGAGGGGGCAAGGACAUGUCCGCCCAGGCCACAGGCAGGAACACGCAAUGCAUAGAGGAGGCGCUGCAGCUGGCCAACGACUUCGCUCACCUCAAACUGGGCAACCUGGACAACUAGCAUAUCAGACGGGAGAGUAGGGUGGGGGUCAUUUUGGGUGGGGUGGUGAGGUGAGGUGAUGGGAAACUACAGUGAGUGUCCUCCAAAACAUACCCUGGGGUGUGCUGGCUCCACAGACAUUCCACACAGCGAGCUGUAAAAGCUGAUUCACACAUCGUCUGGUAGGAAAUGAAAGCACAGUGCCACCUCUCUGUGUGGAGGGGGACUGCAAUUGCAUGUACCGGUAACCUUUCUUUUCCUCGACUAGUCAUCCCAUCAUCCAUCCAGCUCAUGCGCACACCUGUUGCCUCUCCCACAUUUUGGGGUGGGGCGGAUAUUUUCUAGUCUUAACCGAGUAAUCAUUGGCGGGUGGGAGGUGGGGGGAAAUAGAGGGAGUGUUGUUUCAGGGGACAGACCAGCCCACUAGAUAAUAGCCAUGCAGUGCUUGUCACCUGAUUCUUCCUCCCACUUUUCUAUACUUACGUUUUUGUUCUUGCGAUGUCACUUCCUGCGGGAUGAUUAAGCAAAAUGUACCCCACCUCCCCCAUUUAAAACUGACACACUUGCACUGAAAGAACGGGUAACAUCCAACUGGCCUCUGUUGGCUACUGAACUGUGCUAUAGGGAAGUCCAAAGCACACAGCGGUUAGCAGUGGCACAGUGAGCUAACCACUACCCUGAAGCAUUUAAUAAGGAAUGACCGCGGGGAGCUAUGCUAGUCUGUUCAUUAGCCUGAGCGCAGGGAUACGAGCCAUCUCAUGUUUGUGUGUUGUGUGGAAUGGGGGGAAAAAACGGUAAUAAGUCAGGAGGUAGAGGGGCCGCUGAGGAUUGCUGUCCGUGCCGUGCGUGUGGAGUGAGACUUAUUUUCACCUACUGAUCGUAGUCUAAUGUGGUGACCUGUUAUUGUAGGCCCGUGUCUGCAUCCCUCAAUAAACACGAGUCCAUGCAACCGA